UCACAGAGGUGCUGGGCCUUAGGCCAGACCUCUGCCUGGGAAGUUUCCUCUGGGAACGGCUUCUGGUGGGUACUACGGGCCUUAUUCCGGGCCAUAUGGCCUGUAGGACUUCACCACUGGGGGGAAGGCUGGGCCGGACAGAGUCAUCACCUGUGGCACUGGCCCCAUGGCUGAGGUGGAGUGGAUACACAGACAUCCAAAGACCGAGGACCUAAGGGUUGGGCUCAUCAGCUGGGCAGGAACCUACCUCACCUUUGAAGCAUUUAAGAGUACAGUCACAGCCGCUGCAAAGAGUUUGUGCAGGAGACAGACCUGGGAGCUCCUGGUGAGCAAUGAACAUGACACGCAGGCCGUGGUUCGACUGAAGAACUUGCAGGGCCUCUACCUGCUGUGUGAAGCCGAUGGUACUGUGUGGUACGGCAGGCCAAGGACCAGCCACCAUGGGUGCUUCCUGCUCCGUUUCCACCGGAAUGGCAAAUGGACCCUUCAGUGCAUUAUCUCGGGUCGCUAUCUGGAGUCCGAUGGUGAGGAUGUAUUCUGCAACUCCAGGGUUCUCUCAGCUUACCAUAUGUGGACCCCUAGACCAGCCCUGCACAUCCAUGUGAUCCUCUACAGCCCUACCUACCGCAGCUAUGCCCGAGCAGACCACUCUGUGGGCCGAAUCUGGGUAGAUGCAGCAGUCCCCUGCCUAGAGGAAUGUGGUUUCCUGCUGCAUUUCCAAGACGGAUGCUACCACCUGGAGACUUCUACACACCAUUUCUUGUCUCAUGUAGACCGGCUGGUCCCUCAACGCUCAUCACAAACGGCUUUUUACAUGCAAGUGCGCCCUAGAGGGCUUGUGGCACUGUGUGAUGGAGAAGGAGGCACACUGUAUCCACAGGGCACACAUCUACUCCUGGGCCUGGGCUCCAAUCCUACGAGGGGGGAGGAGUGGUUCAUCCUACAACAUUUCCCAACCUGGGUCAGCCUGAGGUCAAGGACACGGAGGUUCAUCUCAGUCAUGUAUGAUGCUGAGGUGUGCGCUGCCUCUGAGCGCUUGACCCCAAUGUCCUUGUUCCAGUAUGAAUGUGACAAUGAGAGUCUUAACUUACAACUUCGUUCAGCCAAUGGCUACUACCUGGCCCAGAGGCGCCACAAGUCCAUCAUAGCUGAUGGGCACCCCCUGGAGUCUGACACCUUUUUCCGUGUGCACUGGAAUUGUGGCAAAAUCAUCCUGCAGUCCUCCAAUGGGUGUUUCCUGAGCAUCAUAUCCAAUGGCCUGCUGAUGGCAAAUGCCACCAUCCCAGGGCCAAAUGAGGAACUGGGGAUUCGAUUUGCCAAUCGCCCCUUUCUCAUCUUAAGAGGUCGGUAUGGGUAUGUGGGCUCCUGCUCAGACCAUGACCUGAUGCAGUGCAAUCGAGACCAGCCUGACUGCAUUCACCUACUGCCCUGCCGCCAGGGCAUCUAUCACUUUCAAGGGUGGAUCCUUUUGGUCAAUAACAUCUUUUGGCACCUUCCGCCCUUGGGGAAAAUUCGCCCUCAACUUCUGUAUAGAACUUCAGGGAAGCAACUUGCUCACGGUGCUGGCGCCCAAUGGCUUCUACAUCCGAGCCGACCGAAGUGGCACACUCUUGGCAGACAGCGGAGACAUUACCAAAGAAUGUAUCUGGGAAUUUUAGGUCAAUGGGAUGCCGCCUGCCAAACUCUAAAUCUUCCAGGCCUCCAGGAACAGAACAGGAGACCCAGAGUCAAGAUCCAAGAGAAGAAUAUGUGUUGUACAAUUUUUCCUACUGAGUUUAGCAAAACACCUGUUUCAAGAGACAAUACAUCACAACAGGCCACCCCCAGAUCCGUAUGUGUGUCUGACUCAGGCACAUAAUGUGUGUCUGAUUUGGGAGACAUGGGAUCUGGAAUAUCCCAUUUUCUCUCAUUGUAGAAAGUGCAUGUACAUAUGAAUGACAUGAUAAUGGAAGGAGGACGAUGAGGAAUAAGGAG